AGGGAUUCUGAGCAGCCCGUGGCUUUAGAAGAAACUGAAACUUGUCUUGCCGGGGGCGGAGUGGUCACCGGGGAUUUAAAGAGCUGCCACUUCCUAGGGCCCCCAGAGGGCACCAGGAGGUCACAGUAGCAGAGGGACACUUCUGCCCGCCCCUUGCCUAAGCCAUGCACCUCUGCGAGGGCAGUGCGCUGCUGACGAGGACGGACCCCGAGGAGCAUCAGAGGCUGAAGAAGAAACAGAAGAACCGCGCGGCCGCCCAGCGCAGCCGGCAGAAGCACACGAACAAAGCAGACGCCCUGCACCAGCAGCACGAGACGCUGGAGAAACACAACCGCUUGCUGCGGAAGGAGAUCCAGACUCUGCAAGCUGAGCUGGGGUGGUGGAGCCGGACCCUGCACGCGCACGAGCGGCUGUGCCUGAUGGACUGUGCCAACUGCCUGGCUCCGGUGCCCCCUGGCUGCUGGGGCCAGACUGAGCAGCCCCCGGACCCCAUGCCCUGUGGACAAUACGGCUUCCAGGAACAGCCGGGCCUGUUCCAGACCCCCGUCUCUUCUCCCUCGGCUCACCAGCUCUCUUCACAUCUGCGGCCUCAUAGCUCCCCUGGCCUCCUCCUGUCGCCUCUGCCUUCUCUGUCCCUUGGCUCCCCCGCGGCCCCCGCACCCCUUCCCCAGCUGUCCCCCAGCCCCGUCCAGUCAGCCUCGCCCACUGGCUCCAGCCUGCUAAGGCCUUCCUCCAAGCUCGACACCCUCCUGCCCAGCCCCCCAGCCCAACCUGCCCCUCUACAGCCCCUUGGGGUGGAGCACCCCACCAGGGGGAAGCUGGGGUCCCCACCUGACAGCGCCUCACCUGCUCUGGGGCUGGCCGGCCUGCAGGGUAGGGAGCACAGGCCUGUGUCAGCAGCAGCAGACCAGCAAGGGCUGGGUGUGGAUCCCAGUCCCCACCCACUCCUGGCCUUCCCCCUGCUCUCCUCUGCUCAAGUUCACUUCUAAACCACCCCCUGGAGCUGAGCCAGCCCCUUCCUGGGGCUGAAGGAGCAGCCAUAGCACACAGGGACCUCCUCCAUCACCCCUGGAGGUUGCCUUUCCUGGCUGACCCGCCGGCCCAGCAUUUCACCAAGAAAAGAGAGUCAUUCCUGCUGCCCACCACUCUGCCGGGCCCUGUCACUGCUAUUAUCUUAUGUCGAGUCUGUGGUCACUGCGCAAAAUCCGGAUCGUCGCUCCCCUUUUUUAGAUCAGGAGAUAGAGGCCAGAGAAGCCGUGUGAUGUGCCCAAGGUCACGUGGCCUUUUGUGGGCUCUGAAACCCCACCAUCUGCUCCUCCUUUCCUUGGUGGGAUCCUGGCCCCGGGCACCCUAGGAACUGACGUCCUAGAAAGCGGGGGCUGGUGUGAAGAGGUUGAAGUGCCGGGAGCAAGGAGGAGACCUUUCUUCUGGUCUGUGCCUCCCAGGGCCACAGACCCCUGCAGUCCUUGACACCUCGCCCUACUGGGGCUGGUCCAGAGUCCAGGCCUAGAUGGGGAGAGGCCAGCCAAGCAGGAGCCCGGAAGCGGACUCUUUCUUCCCUAGCCGCGCGUUCGGUGCCAAGGAACCGCACUUGUGAGUUGGAGUUGGGGAGAAGCCUAGAACAGUCUCCCCGGGGAUGUCUGCUGGAGGGGCACCUAUAGACAUGCCAAGACCUCUAUAGGAGAGUCUCCAGGGUCAGCUCUCCAGGCUCUUCCCAAACAGCUCCCUGCCUUUCCCAGGCAGGAGCUCAGCUGUAGUAUUGGCUGGGAUUGGGGGUGGGGGUUCUCACUCAGACUCAGCCCAAGCUCUGUAAGGGGCCUGAGCUGAGAAACCCCAAUCCUCCACCUGGAUUCUCAUACAGACACUAUGCAAGUAUUUGACACGCUCCAAGAUGCUGAGCACGUCUUGGCGUACGUGUUGUGGUAAAUACAUUAAAGUGUUUUCCAAGUC